UCGCUCACCUUCAGUCGGCCGCACUAUAUAGGGACCCCCGAAACGUGGCGAAAGCGUACUCCUCGGCAGGCAACAUGAGGACAUCCACCCUCGCCAUCUUGUCGCUGCUGGUGGCUCUGGCCGCCCCAGUUGUACCAGAGAAGUAUGCCGACCAGGAACUUCUGGUAAAGCAGCAAAAAAUCUACAACCUACUGUACCUACUGGACCGGCCCAUUUUCGAUGAAGAACUGAAGAGCAUAGCGCAAAGCUACAAGCUAGAGGAAAACAUUGACAAAUACGUGAAACCAGAAGUGGUGGAAAAAUUCCUGAAGUACUAUAAAUACGGUUACUCGAAACAACGCGGAGAGGCCUUCUCCCCGUUCUACAAGUUCGACACGUAUCAAGUCAUCAGCAUUUUCGACGUCUUGUUCUACGCUAAGGACUUUGACACCUUCUACAAGACGGCCGUGUGGAUGAGGGAGCACAUGAACGCGGGCCAGUUCGUGUACGCCUUCACGGUCGCCGUGUUGCAUCGCGAGGAUACCAGGAACAUCACCCUGCCGCCCCCCUACGAAAUCUAUCCCCAGCUCUUCGUCAAGUCCGACGCCAUCCAGAAGGCGUACGACGCACGCUUCCAAGGCUUCGCUGGCACCAAGGACAAGCCCUACGUCAUAGUGUCCAACUACACGGGCUAUCCAGCGCCCCGCAAGACUGACGACGUGCUGUCGUACUUCACCGAGGACGUCGGCCUCAACUCGUUCUUCGCCUACAUGCACUACCGGUUCCCGUUCUGGCUGAAGUACGACAUACCGCGCAAAGGCGAGACCUUCUACUUCACGCUGCGGCAGCUGCUGGCCCGCUACUACCUGGAGAGGUUGUCGCACAAGCUGCCAGAGGUCGCCCCAGUCGACUACUACAAGCCCGUGGAGGUUGGUUAUUACCCAGAGAUUCGGCUGCAGAGCGGAUUGGAGACCCCUGCUCGUCCUGAAGGCGUGAUUCCAAGGGAUGUUGACUCCUUCUACGUCGAGGAAAUCGAGAACUAUGAAAGGAGGAUCCGAUCUGCCAUCGAUCUUGGAUUUUUCUUCGACGAGAAGGCCGACAUGCAUACCGUGAGGGGUAAGGACGCCACUGAAAUGAUCGGAAACGUAAUCGAGGGCAGCGCAUCAUCCGUCCACAAGGAAUUCUACGGCUCUUUGUACAGAGGGCUCAUUUCCAUCUUCGGUCACAUCUCCGACCCAGAGCACGAAUACGGCGUCGAGCCGAGCGUUCUCGAGAAGCCGGAGACCAUGUUGAGGGACCCCCUGUACUACAGAAUUGCGAAACGGAUGCUGUCCAUUUUCGAGCAUUACAAGAACCAACUGGCACCAUACACGCACCAAGAACUAGCGAUGCCUGGCGUGAAGGUCGAUUCCGUCACUUUCGACAAACUGGUCACGUUCUUUGACGAGUUCGACAUCGACGUCAGCAACGUCGUUGGAGAGGCUUACGACAAAAGCUACGUGGUGGUCCGCCAGCCUCGCCUCAACCACAAACCGUUCAACUACCACAUUAAGGUCACGAGCGACAAGCAGGUGGACGCCAUCGUGCGCGUUUUCUACGGACCGCGCUUCGACGCUUAUGGUCGAGAGUACACCUUGGAGGAGAGGAAGAACUACUACGUCAUGAUGGACGUCUUCCCAUACACACUGCAAGCCGGAGAGAACGUGAUCGUGCGCAGCUCCCGGCAGAACGCCAUGGUAGGCGCUGAGAGCCCCGGCUUUGGUGAGCUGUACGCGCGCACCCUGGCGGGCGUCAAGGGAGAGGAGAAGGUGGUGUCCGGCGAGUCGCGCUACUACUGGGGAUUCCCCCAGCGCCUGGUGCUGCCGCGCGGGACUCCCGCGGGCAUGCCGCUCAGCGCCUUCGUCAUCGUCAGCCCGGUCGAGCGGCCGCUGCGUGACGAGUUCUACGCCGCCGUGAAGGACUCCCGGCCGCUGGGAUUCCCCUUCGACAGGCCCAUCCGCGGGUUCGAGUUUGAAGACCUGCCUAACGCGCGCUUCCAGAACAUCGUCGUCAUGCACAGGCGCCAAGAAGACGUCGCGACCGUGGCAUGAAGGCGGUUUGGGGCGUGAAAACGACAAACGCUGUGCAAUGCAGUCAAUAAAACCUCGUCUUUCGUA